AUGGAGGCACCGCGGGACAAGCCAAAGUCCAGGGGGGGCUUCAAGGGCUUCAUGAAGAGCCUCACCAAAGAUCUCCGCAGCCAGGACCGCCGUAGCAGCUCAGGCCUGCAGCUCGCAGCGAGCAACGCGAGCGGGCACGCCCUCCAGCGCCAGGUCACGGCCACCUCGAACCACACAACCAACACGACAAGCACCAACCUGCCCUUGCACCAGGCACCGCUCUCGCAGCCCCCAAAGCCUGAGCUGCUCGGCGAAGCCACAGAACUCGCCGUGCACGUGUCUCUGACCUUUGAAGAGCCCCUCGACUUUUCCUACAGCCGCAUCUACGAGGGCUCGCCAGCUUUCAGGGCCUCAGACGCUGUAUGUCAGGCCCUGCUCCGCCGUGUCGACCACUGCUGCCAAGAACUCAUCACGCGCAAAGACCCCAUCGCUCUGGACCGCACCAAUGUGGGCGACGGCACUGGCAAGCCGUUGAGGUUCGAGAUCUGCACGGACAUCAUCCGUGGGUCAGAGACAUGGGCCUCACGGACGUACAAGUCCUACCAAAAGCAGCCGCUGACCGGAGAAGCUGCCCGCGAAGUGACACUUUCGGCUCACCAGAUCAUUGGCCUUUUUAUGCGACAGCAUGACGAUGGCUUUGUGUGGAAAGAUGGCCCUUUUAGAGAAGAGCCUCUGCCAGCCCAAGAGACCUUUCCGUAUCGCCCCGGUCGCGUGCAGCCUCUGACAUGUGUGCCUCGCAACCUGUUCCUAGAGAAGCCCCAGUCCUUUGAAAGGAUUCCAGGGUACUCGGUGCAGAUAGAAAUCACUAGUCAGAACCAUUUGCCCAAGCCGCGUGAAUGGCAGAAGACCAUCGAAAUCAACAGCACUCAGGCCACCCCUCUCGAUGCAGCCUUGGGCGAGGAUCUGUUCUUCGAAACGUCCUACGCUGUCGAAGGCAUCCUCCGAACAGCACGCAAGGCUUUCAUCCAACGUCACUUGAGUUGCACUUCUUCUAGACGCUGUGCCCGAUGUCGUCCGCACGAGGGAGACGGGCUUGAGCUGAAGAUUACUGUCACUAAUAACAUCGGGCCACGCUUCGAGCACUUGAACAGGACGAUUCGGAGUAACCUUGGAGGCUUCCUCGUGGACAUCGACUCAGACGAGACGAUUGACAUGCUCAACUCGCUGGGGUCCGCAUGCUACACACUGCGGGACGAGCUCGACCAGAGGAUCAACGCGAGGACUGAUAUAGAGCUCACCAUCACGGAGUUGCGUGGGCGCGGAUGGACCCUCGAUGAGCCGCUGCAUUUCACAAUCGGCACCGAAAAAUCGCACUGUCGCAGGGACACAGAGGCCAUUCUGGAUAGAGUCCAGACCGGCCUCGCCAGUGUCCUCCGCGGCAAUGCGCUCAAGGUCCGCAUGACGGCACACAAGCGUGGGCACUUCAUUAUGGACAAAACACUUGUCGCCCGAGAACCAUUCGAAGCUGCUGCCGGCUCACCGCUAUCCGGGCAGAUUACAAAACGGCCCAAGCCCAAUGAUAAAUCUAGGGAGCAAGUUGUGGAGCGUUUGCAGAAGCAAAUCAACAAGGACAUUGACAUGGUUACUCUUGACACACUCACCGUCGUCGAGCCCGAGGAGGAGCCCGAAACAAAACCUCUGCAACGAACUGCAUAUGCCAACGCUAUCGACACCGCGGAGACCGUUGCAGGUGCUAGGCAGGCAGUCACCAUCGGCACAAUCGCCAGCCCCAAGAAGCUUCACGAUGAGCCCCUCAGCCCAGGCCGCACAAAGCGUGCCAACACAAUCGGAUCGCUCCUGUCUAUUCCCUUGCUGGAACGUGAUGACCACCAAGCUGCCGCCCCACUGUCGAUCUCCGAUACGAACGUCACAGACGAGACCGAUCGGCCGUCGCUGCUGCGGCAGUCUACUCGAGCUAUCCGGGAUCCAGAUACAGGAGCACGAGCAUUUCCCCUGGUACCCCCUGCCGGCAAGUACUCCGGCGUAGACGAGACAAGCUUAGACUUGCAUGAGGACCCGCGGGUACAACGCGGCUCUGAUGUGGGCACGACUUUGACAGCAACCGACAACUCGCUUACGCCGUCAACACCGAGUCUUGUAGGUGCCGAUGGACCAUCAACAACCAGCAGCAUAAUAAUCACGCCUAGAGUGCAUGAGUCGCUCCGUCGGUCUUCUCGCGAGACCCGAAAGACUGAGUCUGUCGUGAGUAGCGAAGUCAGCUCGACCAGUUUGCGACGAGAGGAUUCUGCAUCAAGUCGAGGUUUCGUGGCUGUACCUCGCCUGCAGACAGCCUCGAGUGGACAUAAAUCGACACCUUCGCCCUUGCACAAUGAGCAGAUCGCAGCCCAAAACCUCGAUACGGAUGCUGACUUGCUCACUUCUCCACCGGAGGACAUCGGGCAGCAGCAGCCAAAGGCUCGUCCCGGGGCACAUGCAAUCUAUGACGACGCAGAAUUCGCUCAGUCUAAGCCCGACUUUGACUUCUCGUCCCCAACCCCUGUUUCGCCCAUGAGCAAUGCGUCUGAUGUGGACCUAGACCAAUCAGUUCCCACGUUAGGUUUGGAUGCUGCCAUCCAAGACUCUCCACGGAUGUCAAGGAUUGAGCAUCACCACCAGCAACACCAUACUCUGCCAAGGACGAAGCAGAGGUCGGCAAUACCGGCGAUAGAUACCGCGUCAAUUUUCGACACGCGUAGAGCGAGCAGCCGGCCGUCGGACAAGAGUUUGGAACUUGAACCGAGCGACGACGUGGAUGACAUCGAUGACGACACAGACCACAACGAGGAAGCCAUAGAAAGUGGCCCGCCCUCGCCUGCCCAGCAACGACCCAGCACUUCCUCCGGCCCUCUGAGUCGCUCCCCUAGCGGAACGUUCCCGGCUCAUCGGCCAGGGCACCAGCACCGCAAGAGUCUCGGCUCCGCGGGCUUCCUUGGCAGCUUCCGGGAUGACCGCGUGGCCGAAAUUAUUGGUCUGCGCAAGGCACUGAUGUUGUCACCUCCGGGAGCCGGCGGCAGCGCAGCAGCCGUUCCCCCGGUCCCACCGUUGCCGCGGCACAUGGGGACCAGGUCUCUGAGCGUGGACGCCACCAAGUUAAUGCGCGAUGCCGCGACUGACGACGAUGGCGGCGCACCUGUCAGACCAGGCACUUCGGGCGGUCUAACAGUCGCGCCUCGAACAGCUGAGGCGGAUGACGAUAUUCCUCCUGUCCCGGCGAUUCCUGCCCUGGUGAGCAGCAAGUCUGAAUGA